AGGCGGCAGCUCCUCGGCCUGGCGGUGGGCCGGGGCGCCCCGCCUGGGCAGGUCCUGGAGGCCGCGGACGCUCUGGAAGCCGAGGGCCUCCUGCGCACGCCGCGGUGCCACACGGCGCUGCUGGUGGCGCUGCGGCGGGCGGGCCUGGGCCUGCGGGCGGUGGAGCUCGAAGGAGGAAAAGCGAGGGAGCCCGCCACCCAACGUCAUCCACUUCAACGCAGCGAUCAGCGCCUGCGAGGCAGGUGGUAUCGAACGGGCCCUCGGGCUCCUAGACCGCAUGGGUGACGUGGGCGUCUGCUGCGACACGGUAAGCUUCAACGCGGCCAUCAGCGCCUGUGCGAAGGGUGGCGGGCAGUGGCGCCACGCGCUGGCGCUGAUGCGGCGCAUGCUGCAGCAGAGCUUCACGCCGAACGUGAUCACCUUCAGCUCCACCAUGGACGCCUGCGCGCGGGCUGGGCGGUGGGAGGACGCCUUGGCUCUCCUGUGGGAGAUGCCUCGCCACGGGGCAGCGCCCAGCACCUGGAGCGUCAACGUCGCCAUCGGCGCCUGCGGCAGGGGAGGCUGCUGGGAGGCGGCGCUGGGACUGCUGCAGGGCAUGCCGCUGCUCAUGCUCUGCCCAGACGAGGUGUCCUUCGCAUCUGCCAUUAGCGCGUGCGGUCGGGCGGCGCGCUGGGAGCACGCGCUGUGGGUCCUGAGCGCCAUGCUGCAGUGCGGCAUUGUGCCUGACGCCGUGACCUGCAGCGCUGCUGUCGCUGCCUGCGAGCGCGCAGGCGCUUGGCAGCAGGCGCUCGGGCUGCUGUUGGAGAUGCGCCGAUGGAACCUCUCGCCGGACGUCUACACGUACAGCUCCGUCAUUAGCGCUUGUAGCAAGGGGGGUCAGCUCGACCAGGCGCUUGACAUCCUCGACUGGAUGGUGAUCCUUGACGGUUUAGCUCCCAACGCGUUCUGUUUUAACGCAGCCAUCACCGCUUGCGAGAGGAGCGGGCGCUGGGAGCGCGCGUUGCUGCUGCUGCCGCUCAUGCAGCAGCUCGGCUCCCCGCCGGACACCGUGAGCGUCAACGCUGCGAUGAGCGCUUGCAGCGCCGGCGGCCAGUGGGCCCAAGCCCUCCUGCUGCUGGAGCGCAUGCCGUCCCUCGGCGUGUCGCCCAGCGCAGUGUCCUUCGGCACCGGCAUCGGUGCGUGCGCCCGCGCCGGACUGUGGACGCGGGCGCUGUCGCUGCUGGACACCAUGCAGGACGCCUCCGUCACCGCCGACGUCGGCUGCUACACCGCCACGGUUUCCGCGUGCAAGCGGGCUGGCCAGUGGCGUGCCGCCCUGCACUUGUUGAGGCGCAUGGGGGAGGUCCCAGGCUUGACCGCAACCGCAACCUGCUUCGGCGACGCAAUAGCCGCCUGCCGCGGUACGGGGCAGUGGGAGAGCGCGCUGGCCGUACUGAGCCAGAUGCGCCUCGCGCGCGUGCCGCCGACCUCCCAGAGCCUGAGCGCGGCCGUCGUCUCCUGCAUGCACGCGCGCGAGUGGAGGCACGCGCUGAACCUACUGGCCAGGGCGCGCGGGUGCGGCGCGGAGCUCGACUCUGCGGCGUGGAGCGCGGCGCUGGGCGCCGCGUGGGCGGCCGGGCGCUGGAGAGGCGACGGGGAGAGGUUGGGCGUGGACCAGGUUCUCGACCACAUGCAGGCGGCCAGCCUGGAGCCGGACCUGCUGUCGCAUGCGCCAGCCGCGGGCGGGAGCGGGCACAGGUGGUGCUGGGAACUGGCGCUGCGCCUCCUGGAUGAGCUGCGACGCGCUGGCGCUGGGCCGAACGCCGCCGCCUACCAGGUUGCCGCUGGCAUUUGCCUGCAGCACAGGUGGGAGGUUGCGCUGCAGUUGCUCGAGGAGGCGCCCAGGCAGGACCCACGCCUGGACGCGGCCGCCCCGGGCAUGGUCGUUGCAGCGUACGCCCGUGGCGGCAGGUGGGAGCAGGCCUUGCGCCACCUGGAGGAGGUUGCACGAGCCACCAGCCGCCCAGAGGCCCCCUGCCGCGACACAACACCUUGUCCCCCUGCUGCUGCGCGGGGAGCUGCGGUGGCAGCCGCGAGCCGCCACGGGGCCCCCUGCCGCGAGGCAGCACCGUGCCCCGCCGCUGCCGCGUGGGGCGCCGCGGUGGCGGCCUGCGAGGGCGCCGGGGAGUGGCAGCGAGCGCUGCGCCUGCUGGAGGAUGCCCAGAGAGGCGGCCUCGCCGCCGACGCGAGCACAUGCCGGGCGGCGAUGAGCGCCUGCCGUCGCGGUGCGCAAUGGCCUCGCGCGCUGCAGCUGCUAGAGAGCAUGCAGCAGCGUGAGCUGGACGUUGCCCCAGCUACGUAUCGUGGGGCCAUCUGCGCGUGUGCGGAGGCGGGGCAGUGGCGGGCCUCCCUGCAGCUGCUGGAGGAGAUGUGGGACAGAGGCGCGGAGCCAGGCGCCUGGGAAUGCCAAGUAUCCACCUGCAGCGAUCCCUGCAGGCCGACCGCAGGAGCGCAAAGAGGUUGCCGCGCCUCGCGCGCUGCGGUGCAGGCCGGGCAGGCGCUCGUCUUCACGGGGCGGCGCGAGGGCGCGAAGAGAUCCGAGCAUCGCGCCGCGCGGCGGCGCGGAGCGCGAGGCGAGUUGGUGACCUGGGAUCCCGGCCGGAGGCCGACCUCAGGCUCGCGCCAGGGUCGACGCACGUCUGUGCCCUCCGUGGCAGACCAGGAGGUCGCCCCCCAGCUUUUCGCUCCAUCCUGGAAUCCCUGGGGCCCUCUGGGCCUCGUGAGGGGUGCUGUGGUGGCCGUGGGGACCUCCGGGGAAAUCCUGAGGACACCUGGUCAUGGACACUUCAAGCAACACCCGACCAUGCGGGCCCCGCGGGGGUGGCCCAGCCCUGGCCGCGUCUGUCCCCGCAGAGGCGAGGGCACAUGCUCCGCCGUAGUCGACGCCUGCGCAGCGGCUGGGCAGCACGAGCUGACGCUGUGCCUGUUCGAGGCGACGUCUCCGGGGGUCUCUCGGCGGCCACCCCAGGGGGGAAAGUGAGUGCGGGCGGACCUUCUCAGAAUGCUCGGAAGUCCCCUGGUCUUCUUUGGCGUAUUCCUACCAGGUAUGGGGGGACACGGCCUAGGAUACAUGAGUCUCCUUGGGGUGGGGUGGCCCGAUCGCCGCAGCGAGGUCGUCGAUGCGGGUCCCAGUGCGUGCUGAACGGCAGGCUCGAUCAGUCCAACACGGGGGGCAGUCGGGUCCCACGUCGGCAGGAUAUCGCCCCCUGGAGCGCUCGCGCCAGAAUGGCCGCUUUGCUGUGCCUAGCUACGCCUUUCCCCCUCACUACGCUCUGGGACCCCAGGGAGCAGAG